GGCUUCAUUGAAGACUGAAAGGUUUAACGUUCAACACUCAGACAGAGGUUGAUCAUUUCUGAAGCCGCUAAUUUUAGACAGUUUCUUUUUUCAAAUUAACGUGUUAAAUGUUCAUAUGAACUAUUGAUUAUUAUCAUGAAACCGGGUCUGCUGGAGACAAAAAGAGAAGAUGCUUUUCGAGGCAAAGCGAUGUGGAGUGCAGUUUUCCCCUCCGUCCAUAGUUUUAAUUUAUCAACACGCUGAAACCAAGAAGGUGCGAAAAAGAAUCAUACCUGUGCGGAACUUCUCAAAGUAUUCUGACUACAGCAUGGCAGCUGAAAGGCUGAAGAACAAUCCUCGACACAGGGACUACUUGGAGGGUGUGUCUCAGAGCCAGCUAGAGAAGCUUCACAUCAUCCUGCGAGAUCACAUGCAGGGUUUCAGCCUGGAGCACAGUCUGGCCUCCUUCCACGUGGACCCUGAUGAAGACCUGAACAAACUGGACGAUGAGGAGCUGGCUCGCAAAAAGGGCCAAAUGGAUGAAGUGUUUGAGAAGAACCGCAGGCUCAAAGACGAUCCGGACUUUGUUUAUGACCUGGAAGUGGACUUCAGCAAGCCCACGCAGGAAAAGUGCAGCUGGGAUGAUGAGUCUGAUGAUGAAUUUUAACUAACUGUUCUCCAGUCCUUUCCAAAACUUGUUUCUUCUUCUAGUUACAGUUUGUUUUGUUCAAUCCCAAAACAAUGGGAUUUAACAGACGGCACUCAAACAUUCCCAAACAGGACAGACUCUCCAGAAUCACUGUUUCUGUUUUUCUGAAGUAUCCACACACCUUGCUAUAAUAGUUUUCAUUGAGAAGUAGUUUAAACAGUUUUUGUUCUUUGUUGGAAAAUAACAGUUCUCAGUGUUUUAAUAAUAUUGGGUAGAUG